GAGUCGCAUGAUACCGGGUGAACCCGAACCGAGUUGAACCAGAAGUGGACCAAACCGGUCCGAGCCCUGGCUAGUUAGAUCGGCCAGUGUGGAUCCGAACAUGUGGCAAGGGUCAUACGGAGCAGGGUACGUGACGGGUCCGACUGGGCGAGGUGUCGCGGGUAGCUUCGGGCGGGGAAGAGUAUCACCAUUCUACCCGAGCCAGCCAGGGGGUGACUUGAGUUAUGACAGGUAUGGUUCAUAUCACCCUGCCUAUGAUGGAACUGAUGGGAUGGUCUUUAGAGCCAAGCCCCCGACCAUUGAGUUCCCAAAAUUCAACGGUCAGGAGGAUACAUGGCUGUGGUUGUAUGCAGCAGAGAGGUGGUUCAGGAAUCACCCCAUCCCAGAGGAGAGGAAGGUGCAUCUGACAUCUUUCUACUUGGAGGGUGAAGCCCUACAGUGGUGGGAGUGGAUGGAGAGAACCUACGGGGCGGCCAGAACCUUGAUUACAAUGUUUCAGGAGGAGCUCCGUUACCAGUUUGGUAAAUCGGAGGAGUGGGCUCCGGAGCAGUUGGCUAAGCUGAAGCAGACCGGCUCAGUUGCGGAUUACCGUGCGAAGUUCUUUAAACUGGGCAAUCAAUGUCGUGGGGUCCUUGAGGAGACAUUGGUGGGGCUGUGUAUGGCAGGCCUAAAGCCAGAGAUUGCUGCUGCUGUCCGAGUCUUCGAGCCGGAUUCCUUGAAAUCUGCUUUUCGUCUUGCAGGGUACAAGGAAGAGGAGCUGGCGAGCUGGAGAAGCACCAUAGGCCGCUAUCUGCGGGCCAGUGGCGCCGAAAGCAGUAGCGGGGUUAGCGGUGGAGGAGGAGGAGUGGCUGGAGCCACUGCGGGAGCUGGGGGAGCAACGGUGGCGCAGGCGCCAAUGGCCGCGGUGAAAGGUGGGGCGUGGCCGCCACCCAAGGGGUUUGUGCGACUAUCCCCUGCAGAGAUCGAGCAGAAGAGGCGGGAAGGAAAGUGCUUUAAUUGUGAUGAGAGGUUCACAAUCGGUCACAAGUGUGCACGACCGGACUUGAUGAUGCUGGUCGGAAGGUGGGAGGACGAGGCCGAGGACGAUGCGAGGGAAGGAGAAGAAGCAGUGGACGACUACCAACCUUGAGGACAAGGUUGUUUUGAAGAGAGCGGGAAUGAUAGACGUUUUAAUUAUUUGGGUUUAUGUUCGGUUUGAAUUAUUAUGUUCGGGUUUAUUUUGGUUAUUGGGAAAUAAUUGGGGGAUCAAUAAGUUGGGGUAGUUAGUAGGUAAUUUUGUUUUGGGUAUUUAAACUAUUGUUUUACGUAGGUAAAGGCAAGCAGAGAUUAAACCUAAAUCCUAAUUGUUCUCUCCCUCUCUCUUUCCUCUCUUAGCCGCCGAGCCUUUCCCUCUCUUCCUCCAAGCUGUCGAUCGGCAGCACCCCUCCUCCCUCCUCUCUUCUAAUCCCAAUCCCCCAAAUUCGCCCUUCCUCAAUUCCCGAAUUCCUGGAUCAAUCCCUAGUUGAUCCCUAAUCCCCAGUCUCCCGAUAGAGCUUAAUCCGAAGCUCUAUCAGCAGGCCACCCUAAAGGAGGCUACCAAAGAGUAUUAUAGAACCAUAUGAUUGGAUGUAAACAGUAGUGGUCAAAGAAUGAAUUAUUGAUAAAGUUAUGAGUUAGAUGUGUCAAUCGCUAAUAAUGGCUUUGGUAACCAGCCUAAAGGAGGCCACCAGAGAGCAUUAAAGAACCAUAUGAUUGGAUGCAAACAGUAGUUGUAAAAGAACGAAUGAUUUAUAGAGUUACGAGCCAGAUCUGCCUAUCGCUAUUAACGGCUUGGUAACCACCCUUGUUUAACAUGACCUAACUUGCCAUUAAGAAGCCACAAGUAUGAUAUUUCACUAUUUACAUGUUUUCUUAUGGAUUUAGGUGUUUUAGAUUACCGACCAUCCCUGUGAUUAGUUGGUUAUGUGCAAUAUGAAUAACUUUCAGGUAUCAGGUACUAUUGUAGAUAGAGACAGAAGAAUAAGUGUUUUAGAUUGAGCAUUCCAUUAUAACCAAUCAAUCUGCCAUAUGUUAUUCUCGGUUUUGAGUAUGUUUUAGGGCUAGCGUUCAUUGAGGAUUGAUCGAAGACUAGAUAGGGGCUCAAAGGGUCUAUUUGGAGCAUCAAUGAAGAUAGAGACAAAAGAGGUUGUGUGUAAUAUGCAUAACUUUAAGAUAUCUGGUAUGAUCGUAGAUAGAGACAGAAGAACAAGGGUUUUAGCUUGAGCAUUCCAUUAUAACCAAUCAAUUUGCGAUAUGUUCUUCUUGGUUCUGAGUUUUGAGUAUGUUUUAAUGCUACCGUUUAUUGAGGAUUGAUCGAAGACUGGAUAGGGGCUCAAAGGGUCUAUUUGGAGCAUCAAUGAAGACAGAGACAAAAGAGGUUCUCAUAAACUAUUCAAGACUGGUUUACAAUUGAGAAUUUAGGUUGUGAAUCCACUUCAUCUGCCAUGGCCACAAACAACUUUGAAUAUGAGAAAAAUUUCGAACAUAUCAAGAUUCACGACCACUAAUUAAUCAUGAAUUUGCACCUAUUCAGCCAUUUAAAAGCAGAAACACCUCAUUUGGAAAAGGAAUCGACUUUGGAUAAACAAACUAAUUGUGAGUUAUAUGUGGAAGGAGAAAGGAAUCUUAGAUUGCCUUAAGAAAGAAACUCCAUCACUUGGAGCUUGGAGAAAUUGAAGAUGAUGGAUCACAUUAGUUUGAAGACCUCUCUAAUCUCCCUUUGGUGUCUUUAAGCUUUAGGUGUAGUAAUGGUCUACAGUAGGGAUGGCAAAUAGGUGAGUUUGGGGCGAAUUUUUUUAAAUCAUCACCAUUUUCAAAUAUCAAAACUCAUACCCACCCCAUUAUCAUGUGUAGAAGGUUUUGCAAUCUCAUUCAUAUACCAGCGCGGACCACGGAUUUUGGGUACUCGUGAGUAAUACCUAUCCCGUACAUCCAACAUUACUAUACUUAAAAUUCUGCAUGGAAAUCUUCAAUUAUAACAAACACUAAACGGACUUGAUAAAUCAUAAAAUCAAUAAAUACACAAUCAUUCU